UACAAGAAAUGAUUUUAAAAGUGAAAUUAAAAAUUUAGACUGAACGAUGUUGAACGGCACAACAGAACGUGCAAUAUCUCUCCAGUCGUCCCCAGUGAAAGUGUCCCCGUCCCCUGUAAGAGCCACAUCUAGUCCCGUACGCACUCCAUCAUCACCUUUAAAAUCCUCAUUAUCUGCAUCGGGUAGGCAAAGGUCACCUCGGAAGUGCCAAUUCUCGGCACCAGUAGAAGAUGCCAGAGACAAAUGCGGCGCGUCCUGGCUCUGUCGGCGAGGUGCCGCGACCGGCGAGGAGACAGAACUUGAACGUUCCCCAGGACCUAGCUCAUUGCCCCAAGGUUGUGAGGACUCGGCACCUCCACCAAAAAACUGCUUCAGACUGGUUAUGCUGGGCUCCGCUCGAGUGGGUAAAACAUCUUUAGUGUCAAGAUUCCUGGGUACAAAGUUCGAAGACAGCUACACUCCGACUAUCGAGGACUUCCAUCGCAAGCUGUACAGGAUCCGAGGCGAGGUGUACCAGCUAGAUCUUCUAGAUACGUCGGGAAACCAUCCAUUCCCCGCUAUGAGACGACUUUCAUUUCUCACUGGGGACCUCUUCGUGUUGGUUUUCGCGAUGGACAGCCGGGAGUCGUUCGAAGAGGUGAUCCGCCUGCGAGAGCAAAUCCUGGACACGAAGGCGAGUGCCACAAGCGGCGGUCGCGGGCGUAAGCAAGCUCCGCGUGUACCUAUGGCCAUCGCUGGCAAUAAAUGCGACAGAGAUCUUAAGACUGUCCAACCUGAAGAAGCCACCGCGUACUGCGCGACGCAAGACUCUGCCUGCGUGUUUGUCGAAACGUCGGCAAAGAAGAACUAUCACGUCGACGAUCUCUUCUACGAGUUAUUUGUGGUCGCUAAUCUUCCAUUAGAAAUGGCUCCGAACCAUCAUAAAAGGGUGAGCACCGCGUUCGGGAGUCCGUGCACUUUACCUCCGACAAGCAGCCAAAGUAGUAGAAGUAAGAAAUGUACUCUAUCUAUAAAAAGACGAUUAUCGGACGCGUGUGGCGUCGUUGCUCCGAAUGUUCGUCGGCCGAGCAUCCGGACUGAUCUAAUGAUAAUGAGAACGAAGACUUGUGCUAAGGGGGACGGAGACAGUGGAAGUGGCAGCCCUAAACUCAAUCUGAACAGACUGGUCAGGACAAGCGGACAGAAUGACAAAAGGAGUUGCUGUAUACAGUGA